UCAUCAACUCUGGACGUGGUGGGGCUAAACAUUUGCCAAUAGAUAACGACACUGCCUCGUUAUCUGUUAGCUGAUAGGCUGUCAAUCAAACUCCCUACGUUUCUAGCGUAACUGACUUGCCUGCGCACUGCCAUUACGUGGUUUACGUACGCCUGUCACGCAGUCCACAGACACACAGACGCUGUUUACUCCACCAACGCAACAGUUCUUAGCGGCUUUUUUGACCUAUAUCUUCCUCGCAGUUAGCACAAAGUUUGUUGCGAUGGCGACAAGAAUCCAGGAGCAGUUAGCCGCAAAAGAAAGUCCGUUUUUGAGGUUGCUGAAAGGAGAAGACAAGGGGAAAAGCAGCGAAGCCAAACUAAGGUGAUUCUUGUAGAUUCAUUCCAGCGAUGGCGCGAGUGAAGCAGACGAAGGGUCUAAAGACUGACGCAUUGAUCACCAAAUUACUUCUGGACAGUGGGGCAUUGUCACCCUGAUGUGGUGAAGGCGGGGGCACAUCAGAUGGAGGUUCUCAACACAAACUCACGCUUUCUCCAUGACAACAUUGUGCUUUUUGCUCAGAAACUACAGUCAACGCUGCCGGAGAAGUUAUCCGUCUGCUACUUUGUCAACUCUGGCUCUGAAGCCAAUGACCUGGCCCUGCGUCUCGCCCGGCAGUACACCGGCCACAAGGACGUCAUCACUCUCGAAAAUGCAUACCAUGGUCACGUUUCGUCACUUAUUGACAUCAGUCCAUACAAGUUUCACCAGAUGCCUGAUUUCAAGAUGAACCCAUCUGUGCAUGUGGCUCCCAGUCCAGAUGUGUACAGAGGGAAAUACAGAAGAGACCACCAUGACCCAGCCACAGCGUAUGCCAAUGAAGUACAAGAUAUAAUCCACAAAGUUGAAAAAAAAGGAGGAAGGAUUGCUGCUUUUAUUGCUGAGUCAUUGCAGAGCUGUGGUGGGCAGGUGAUCCCCCCUGUGGGCUAUUUCCAAAAGGUUGCAGAGCAUGUACGUAAAGCUGGAGGUGUGUUUAUUGCUGAUGAGGUCCAGGUGGGAUUCGGUAGAGUUGGUAGCAACUUCUGGGCCUUUCAGCUUCAAGGGGAUGAUUUUGUGCCUGAUAUUGUGACUAUGGGCAAACCAAUAGGAAACGGGCACCCUCUGUCCUGUGUGGUCACAACAAAAGAAGUGGCCGAGGCCUUCAUGAAAUCUGGAAUGGAAUAUUUUAACACAUUUGGAGGUAACCCCGUGUCAUGUGCCAUCGGCCUGGCUGUGCUCGACGUGAUUGAGAAAGAGGAUCUCCAAGGCAAUGCACUGCGUGUGGGGGGAUACCUGUGCAGUGUACUGGAGAAACACAAGAAGAAACACCCACUGAUAGGAGAUAUCAGGGGUUGUGGCCUUUUUGUUGGUGUUGAGCUCGUACGAGACCAGUACAAACUCACCCCUGCCACAGCAGAGGCACAAGAAGUCAUUUACAGGCUAAAGGAGCAACACAUUCUCCUGAGUGCAGACGGACCUCAUCGAAAUGUGCUCAAGUUCAAGCCUCCUCUGUGCUUCACCAAAGAAGACGUGGACUUUGUGGUUGAAAAGAUUGACCACAUUCUCACAGAAAUAGAAGAAGCAUUAGGCAUGACAAGCAAACUGGAUAUCAAUAAUGAAGGGACUAAAAGAAAGAUAUAUGAAGAAAACCACCAGAACCAUGAGAUAAUCUACAGCAGAGAAGCUCCUCUUCAAACCAAAAGGAUCAAGACAUAAAUCUACCUUUUAUAUCAUGGAGAAUAUUAUGCGAACAGCCUAAAUGAGCUUGUUUUCACAUAUAGUUUCAGGAAAUUAUGAAUGUGUUAAUUUUAUCCUAAUACUCUUAAAGGGUGCUGCUUAUUUAUAAAAUGUACAUAUUUUAAUACUCUUAAUAUAUGAUAAUUGGCAUUAAAAUGCAGAAUGUGCAGAAAGUGCUUUUGAGCUACACACUGUCAAAAUGUUUUGAUUAAAAUGAAGUGAGGUGAUGUAAUAAACCAUAUGAUAUAUGUUUU